AUGCACUGCUUGGGGUCCGUGCUGCUGCUGCUACUGCUACUGGGGUCCGGGAGCCGGGCGGGAGAGAACCGAUGUGUGGAGGCGGCCGAGGCGUGCACGGCGGACUCGCGGUGCCAGGGACUGCGCGCUGAAUACGUGGCGCAGUGCCUGAGUUGGGCCGCGCUGGGGGACUGCCCUCGCGCCCGCUGCCGGCGUGCCCUGCGCCGCUUCUUCGCCCGCGCGCCGCCAGCGCUCACCCAAGCGCUGCUCUUCUGCCCGUGUGCUAGCCCCGCGUGCGCCGAGCGCCGGCGCCAGACCUUCGUGCCGGCCUGCGCCUACAGGGGACCCGGCCUAGCGCCGCCCUCCUGCCUCGAGCCCUUAGAUACCUGCGAGCGUAGCCGGAUCUGCAGGCCCCGCCUCCUGGCCUUCCAGGCGUCCUGCGCGCCAGUUCCCCGCGCCCCCGACGGCUGCCCGCGGGACCAGGGCCCCCGCUGCCUGAGCGCUUACGCGGGCCUUGUGGGCACCGUGGUCACCCCGAACUACGUGGACAACACUAGCGCGCGUGUGGCGCCCUGGUGCGACUGCGGAGCUAGCGGAAACCGACAUGAGGAAUGCGAAGCCUUCCGAGGGCUCUUUACGAGGAACCGCUGCUUGGAUGGUGCCAUACGGGCCUUUGACAGCCGGUGGCCUCCAAUCCUUCAGGAGCAUCUGGAGCCCCAGCAGGGUCCUAAGCACAGCCUUAUGCAGGUGUCUUCCACAGAUGGGUCUCCAGAGGGAAGUUCCCUGCUCUCUGUGCUCCCUGUCCUGGCUCUCCAGACCCUGCUCUGA